AUGCACAUAAGGGAGUAUUUAACUGAAGCAUACAAUGCAGCGAGGCAAAAUGAGUUUAUUGCUUUAAAGCAAAGUUCAAUUAUAAAAUCUGUCCUACAAAAGCUCAAAAAUGUUAUAGAUGCAAAGAGGGGGCUGCAAACUAUUUUGAAGAAUGAGCUAUCAUUGUAUGAGGGAAUACAGUUCAAAGGCUCGGUAGAGAAGGCAAUAGAAAAAGAAAAGUUGAGAGAAGAGCUUAUACAAGAGAGUAAACAAAAAGCUUCAAGACCUCAAUCGCAUGAUAGUAAUUUCUCACCGAGACAGCCAGCAUCUAGCUCCGGUAGUGUGGCUAGCAAGAAGAGAUCUAUAACUUUCUUUGAAUGUGGUGGCAUGGGACAUAUUAGAAGGGAUUGUCCUAGUAUGGCACAGUUUAACUCAGGUUGUGGCAGAGGUUUCCAAGGUACUGCUAAUAAAGGUGGUCGGACGUCAGGCUUUGAUAGAGGUUCUUGUCGAGGUUCUGGCUUUAAUGCAAAUAAGGAAGGCGAAGCCUCAACUUCAACACAACUUAUGCAAGGUACUCAGACUACUAGACCUGCGGUACAACCUAGAGUAUUUUAUUUGACUCAACAAGAGGCAACGGCUUCUCCAGAUGUUAUUUCUGAUUUGCCAGUGGGUGAGUCAGUAGUUUGUCACCAUGUUUAUGAAGAUUAUGAGAUACAGAUUGGGGAUCAUCAAUUUGAGGUGGAUUUAGUACCUUUGGCGCUUCAGAUGUUUAAUGUUAUACUUGGUAUGGAUGUUUUAUCCAAAUAUAAAGCAGUUGUAGACUGUUAUACAAAGAGGAAGAAUGUUGAAAAGGGAUUGCGAAGCAUGCUUGUCAUAUGUUAUAGAUAUAGAAAAGGAAGGCAUAAACUUGAAAAUUUUCCUGUUGUGAACGAAUUUGCUGAUGUAUUUGCUGAUGAUUUACCAGACUUACCACCAGAUAGAGAGAUUGAAUUUAGUGUUGAUUUGCAAUUAGACAUUAACCCUAUUUCUCAAGCUCCGUACAAAAUGGCUCUGGCUAGAAAUUGGGGAAAACAACGGGCAUUGAAAUGA